UUUCUCACUCAGCUGCUUUCUGCAUUGCCUAGAGUCAAAUUCUCAAAUGAUCUUUUCAUCAAACUGAAUAUUUAUCUUUCUUUCCUCCAUUCCUUCUGCACCCCUCUUCCCGGGCUUUCAUCUUUCCCCUGUGAGGUGGAGGGAGACUGUGUCUGGCUUCGGGUUCCUCUGCAAGCAACAGUGUGUUCAUCAUCUCCCCACGAGACAGACAAAGAGGGGAAGAGACGGAGAGGGAAAAAAGAGGGGGAGUAACAGGCGUAUGUAAAGAAAAAAUGGGGAGAGUGUGAAAGGAAUUGAUAGAAUGACAGGAAGCCAGUGACAGAGAGAGUAAGAGAGAGAUCGAGGGGGAUAGUGUGUGAGAGAAAGAAAGAGAGAGCGAGAAAGAGAGAGACAGAUGGCUGUAAACCCAGGGGUGUCAGUGUUGCCAUACAGACAAAGGUAGCUCCGUAGUGCAUUUGCUCUCUCUCUCUCAUUCACACACACACACACUUACACACACAGGCAUUACAACUGCGUAGGUGUCAGACGGAAGAGGAAUGACACUGGCUUGCACACAGAGUAGCCUCAUGUUCAUAUCUUAACGGAAUCAGUUGUACCACACACACACACACACACACACACACACUCAAUCAAUCGCACACACAAACCCUGUGUGCGGCCGUAAACAUGGGGCUCGUCAUGGGGACCUUUUCCAUGCAAUCCAACAAGCAGGAUCGGACCUAUCGGAAAGAUAAAAUUGAUGAUGAUUUUGAGCUGAGCGUUGUGUGUCAUCGGCCAGAAGGGCUGGAUAAACUGGAGGCUCAGAGCAACUUCAACAAGAGAGAGCUACAAGUCCUUUACCGUGGCUUCAAAAACGAGUGCCCUAGUGGGGUGGUGAACGAGGACACCUUCAAACAGAUAUACGCCCAGUUCUUUCCCCAUGGAGAUGCCAGUUCCUACGCACACUACCUGUUCGACGCCUUUGACUCAGCACACAGCGGAUCCAUCAAGUUUGAGGACUUUGUCAUGGCUCUGUCCAUCUUACUGAGGGGAUCAGUGAGGGAGAAGUUGACGUGGACUUUCAACCUGUAUGACAUAAACAGAGAUGGCUUCAUCAGCAAGGAGGAGAUGACAGACAUAGUCAGAGCGAUAUAUGACAUGAUGGGGAAGUACACAUACCCUGCCCUGAAGACGGACACUCCCAAACAACAUGUGGAUGCUUUCUUCCAGAAGAUGGACAAGAACAGAGAUGGAGUAGUCACUCUGGAUGAGUUCAUUCUGUCUUGCCAGGAGAGACAGCCGAGAAAGCGAGACACMCCAUUCCCCCGUUUUUUCGGGUUUCUCUGGAUCCCUGCAAGGUUGGAUCCCCCCUAAAAAAAUGUUUAAAGCAUCAGCUGGAAAGCAACUCACAAGUAUAGACUACUGAUCACUGUCCAUGGUGCUGAAAUCGCUACAUGUCUGUGCAGCUGCCUAUUGAAUCGAUGACAUGCUUUCUCUAGUGCCUGGGCAUGUAGCCUAUAGCGGUGCUUUAGCUAAUGGAUAAAUGUUUAUUGGUAGGCCUAUUUGGUUGUAAUUUUCUCAUGUUAAGCCUAACAUUUCAUAAAAGCUGUACAUGGUGUCGAAAUGCUGCCAUUUACACUAGACUGCUGGCUGUUGGCAAUAAUGUAAUUGCUUGUUCAGUAAUUAAAGUUGGACAUUUUAACAUUGCAGAUUGUAAAAUAAAUGUUUGAUGCGACAGCUACCAAUUGAUUUUUUAAAUCAAUUGUUCUGUAUAGCCUGCCGGAACCUGCAUGACAUGAGCCAUCCUCGGGCUCUCACCCAGCUUGGAGAGCAAGUUGUUAUGCUUGAAGCCAGUCUUUUAAUUCCAAAUAAUACAGUCAGUCCACCCUCAAAACACUAGCUUACUAGGGAUGCUUUCAUUAUGCAGUGUACUAUCUAUAGCUAUAUACCGCAUUUAGUUGCUAUUUAUACACUUUGUAUCAAAAUUACACAUCAAACUGCCUUACAAUUAAGAAAAAAGUACUUGGCUUGAGGAUAAAUUCAGCCACUGUUUGGUUUGUUGAGCUCAGCGGGUUCUGUCUGGCUAAUAGCCUGCACAAAUGGGCUGCGGUAUUCAAGGUCAAUUAAAUUGAAUCAAAUUAAAUUAAAUUAUAGCCAAUUUGAGAGACUCCCCUGGUCUGCUGAAGUCCUCCUUGCUUUCUUUCUCUGUGUCUUUCUUUUUCUCUUUCUUUCUCAUAGAAUAAAGUCUAUUUCUGUCUGUGCUUGUCUCUCUUUUUUAUGUAGAGGCCUAUAGUAGCUACAGCAUGGGACUGCGUUGCCUUGCAUUUUUGUGAGCAAAUGUACUCACCACGGCCUGUAUUGCCAAUCCAGACAGCCUUUCCUGAGACAUUGUGCAUUGUAUGCUCAUGGCGCUGCACACAAUCUGAACGUAUUCUUGAAUAAUGCAUGCCAAGACAUACCAGUGAUAAGGGACUGUUGUAUUUGAAGCACAACUCCCUUCAACCCAGUUUUCCUGAUGUUGUUAUGGUAUUCAAGCAGUUUUUUACCAUCCCUGUAACUGUUGCUUCUGCGGAGAGGAUAUUUUCUAAACUAAAACUCAUAAAGAACUACCUAAGAAGCAUUAGGCUCUCGGUCUGAUAUGCUCUUUGGAACACCUGAGUAAGCCUCACUCAUUGCACUAUUUUUCAAGACCUGGGGGGCACUUUUUCAGUCACUUGCCCGAAGCCCAAGAAACAAACAUUUAGCUUCCUAGAACAUAUGUCAGUUAAAAAAAAGGUUUAUGAAUUAAUUUUUGGAGGGUUUCUGUCAAAAUUAUUUAUU